AUGUGUGAUGAAAACAUACCAAGAACAUGCAAGCAGCGCUUUAAAGGAAUAGAAAACUUUUUACGACGAGUUGCUUUUAAUUUAGGAAACACCGCAUCACAAACUGAAGUCAAAAUUAUUUCAUGCAUACCUAUAGAUGUAACUGAUCUUCAGCAAAAGAUUAUUAAUUUAGAAAGAGAACUAAAUGAAACUAAGAAUGCUAGAGUUAACGAUGAACAGAUUGUCCCUAACAAAACUGGGAAAUCAAAGGGUAUCAAUAUAAAUGUAGUGGAGACAUCACUCAGCGCAAGUUUCACUGGCACUAAAUCAAAAGAUCAGUCUUCAUUUUGUAACAAUUGCGCAUUAAAUGAAAAACCAUCAAAUAUAUCUUUCGUACUUUCGGCUCUAUCACUAGAAGCACAUAAGGAAGGCUCUGAACGUUUAGAGACACGAGACAAACGGAAUAAAGAUUCAAAAUCUGGAGAGAAAAGCAAAAGCAUAUUCAGAAGACGCAAAAAGAAAAGUAAUAAAGAAGAAAGUAGACAAAAUACUCAAUUUGUUUACUUCGCUGAAACAUAUCAUCACACACCCUUUGUGGACAUGCAUUCAACCUACAAUCAGAAUAAAAAUGUACAUUUGGAGAGAAGGGAUGUUGUGGGCGACCAUUUAUCAAAUGUUUUGAGAAAACAGUAUGAUCCCAAAUUUGGUAUUGAAGAAUUCUCAGACACUAGCGAUUUUUCUAGACCUAUAUGCAAGGAUAUAACUAAUCCCUUGAGAUACGAUUCGGACAUUUGUUCUUGUUGCCACGGGCGAUUUCAGAACAUUGACAAUUAUAUGGGAAAAGGCUUCAAUUUUAUGGUAGAUUCAGGUCAAUCACAAGACCAUAGAAGUAGUAAUCAGACUUACUAUGAUUCUGAUUUAUAUGAUAUUGUACCAGUUAAAGAAAUAUCUGGUAAUAUAAAGCAAAGCUCAUUUUUCAAAGACGAUACAAAAAAAUAUUUAAACUUCAAUUGUUGGCCAGAGACUAUACGUACAAAACAUCGAGCUAAUCCAGUAACACUUAGCUAUCGUGCCGAAAUACCAGCCAAGCAUCGGUAUUAUAAGCAAACGCCAUUAAAGGCAGGAAACCCCCGCUCCUUUAUGUCUAAAUCAAGGCGACAGAAACCCCUUAACAUAGAUCAUAAAAUAAACGAGGAAAGUUCGAAUACUUGUUCUAUCGAAUGUGGUGUUGUUUACACUAAACCAUUGAUCUCAACAAAAGUUACAACAGAUCUAGGCUCCACAAUGUCACAAGAGAAUAACACGGUGCAAAUAAGAACAGCUGAAAGUCAAACAAAAAGAUGCAAGAGUAUUCAACUUGAGGUAAAUUUAUUAAACGACAACAAUACCGAAAUAAUGUUGGAACAAAUAAAGAAUAUAUUGCAAUCAGUAUUAGCCGAAGUCAAAACGAACACGCACUUGAACAAAGAAGAGAAACCGAAGAAAGAUGCAAUUGUUCAAAAAGGAUCGUCUCAAAACAACAUGCCGGGAUGUUCAACACUUUUGCAUAGUUUAACAUACAAUGGGUCACACAACGCAAAUUCAUAUUAUACGCCCUAUUCCCCACAUAUACCACCGAACCCUUUAUGCUAUGCAAGUAUUCCUUAUCAACCAGUUAAAUGUAUGCAGAACCUUCAAUAUCUAUUACAUCCCUGCCAUAGACACGAAAUGAAUUCUUGCCACUAUGCACAUAAGAGCGUUCACUCCCAUCACAACAAACCAGUUAACAUUGCAAUUAACACGGAAGGUGCUCUACCUUCUUUGAAUACACCAAGUAAAGAAACCAACAACUUAAUAAAAGAUAUUUACAAAUCGAUUGCUCUUAGUAUGGACUAUUCCACAAAAGCUAGUUCUAGGAGUGAAUAUAAUAAUUUAAAAUCUUCUGAGAACAAUUCUUCUGACAAAUUCACUCAUACUCGAUCAACAAUGAGAAGUGAAGCAGACGUUAUAAGAAGUGACAAAGAUGCAGCAAUAUAUUUAUCUUCAGAUACUGCUAGACCCUUGCGAACAAAAUUGCAUUAUGCUGAAACUAGUGCACAAUCCGAAGAUAAAAGCGAGACAAAAGAAACCAACACAAAAGAUAUGAAAAGAAGAUCAAUGGAUACAUCAUACAAAGAAGCUUUCCAACUUUAUAGACUGGACGAUAGAAAUCACAAGCGACUGAAUAAAUAUGCUGAACAAGACCGAACAGAAAUUUCGAGUGACGGCGAAGAAAGCGAUAAAACUGUUGUGCAAAAUACUCAAGAUGAUAAGGUGAAUAAGGAGAAAAAAGGUCUUCUUCAACGAUUUUUUAGAUCAGUUAAACUUUUAAAACGGCGUAAACCGCGACGCAUCGACCUUGAGGAUGAAGAAGAAGAUGUCGGACCAUCUGAGGAAAGUGACAGUGAAGACUAUGAGACCAUGUACAGUGAAAGCGUCAGUCAAUCGCAAUAUCGGGCCGCGACGCCUGUAAAGUCAGCAUAUGCUAAAAAGUCAGCGCCUAUCAAUAUACAAGUUAACGGAAAAAGAAUUAGUAGAUCCCCAUAUAUGGAGCAAGAGGAGAAACGGGAGUGGAACGAAAUGUUUCAAGAAAAGUACUAUCCGGGAAGAUCUGGCCCCAGUCGCUCAGUCCGAAUGCCAAGGCGUAACACCCCGUAUCGUAAGAAUUAUGAAGUACGGAGUGUCAUAGUCGAUGACAGACUAGAUUCGGAAAGCGAAAUACUUGAUCAUGACUAUCAAGAAAACAGCAAACAGAUAAACACAAGAGAAAAGAUGAGUUUCCUAAAAAAGCACAAAUUAGGCUUAAAUUGUAGAUGUGGUGAACGGUUCAAAAAUUUAAUAUUAGAAAAUUAAUUGGCCUGAAAGAAGUGUCCUGUAU